AUUAACCCAAAACAUUGCUAAUAAGCCAUCAUCAACAUGAACAAGCACCAUCAUUUCAUGAUCAUCUCCCUUCCGGCUCAAGGCCACAUCAACCCCACGCUUCAACUAGCAAAGAACCUCGCACGCGCCGGCGCGCGUGUCACCUUUGCCACCACCACCGUAGGCCUUAGCCGCAUGCGCAACCGCCCAACCGUCGACCGCUUAUUCUUUGAAUCCUUUACCGACGGCAACGACGGCGGCGGCGACACGUCAUCAAAAACCACCACCCCGGAUGACUACAUGGCUAAAUUUAAGCAAGCCGGGCCCGGAAAUCUCGCAAGGCUAUUGGACACGUGUUCUAGCCAGGGCCACCCUGUCACCUUCUUGGUUUACACUAUUAUGCUCCCUUGGGCUGCUGACGUGGCUCACGCGGUCCACGUGCCAUCGGCUUUCCUAGUCAUUCAGUGCACUGCUGCUUUGGCUAUUUAUCACCAUUUCUUUAACGCCAACAAUGGUGUUCAUAAAGAUGGUGUCAUUGACAUUAAUGACCCCUCAUUUUCACUGAAAUUACCAGGACUACCCUUGUUAUCUCAUAAAGAGAUUCCAAGCUUUCUCAUACCAAGUGAUCAUCUCAAUUCACUCAUGACAGGUACCUUGAGGGAUCACAUGGAGGUCUUGGAAAAGGAUCCCAACCCUUUGGUGCUCAUCAACACUUUUGAAGCUUUGGAAGAAAAGCAACUGAAAAUCUUCCCCAAUAUGAAUAUCAUCCCCAUUGGCCCUUUGGUCCCGUCGGCUUUCUCUGAUGGGAAUGAUGCCACGGACACAUCUUUCGGUUGUGAUAUGUUCGGGAAAUCCAAGGACUAUCUAUCGUGGUUAGACUCAAAGGCAGAGCGUUCUGUGGUUUACGUCUCGUUUGGGAGCUUGGCAGAGAUAAGCCGCGAGCAAAAGGAAGAAGUUUUGGAAGCAUUGAUGGAAAGCUCGCGCCCAUUCUUGUGGGUCAUCAGGUCAUGGGAGAGUGAAAGCGAAGAAGCAAAGGCCAUGAAGGAUAAGGGGGUAGAGGAACGAGGACUAGUCGUGCCAUGGUGUACCCAAACGGAAGUGCUUUUUCACAAGUCCAUAGGGUGUUUUCUGACACACUGUGGGUGGAACUCGACACUAGAAAGUCUGGUGGCUAGUAUGCCAAUCGUGGCAUGUCCACAUUUCUCCGACCAGUUCACGAAUGCUAAGCUAGUGGAGGAAGUAUGGGGAACAGGACUGUGGGCACGGGCGAAUGAGAAAAAGGUUGUGGAAAGGGAAGAGAUUAAAAGAUGUUUGGAGAUUGUAAUGGGAGGAGGAGAGAGAGGGGAGGAGAUAAGAAAGAAUGCCAAUAAGUGGGCGAGUUUAGCUGUUGAAGCUAUGAAGGAAGGUGGUUCUUCAAACCGCAAUCUAAAAAAGUUUUUGGAAGAUAUAUAAUGACAGUUCAAAUGUUUUCCAUUAGAGAACACAGGUCUAUAGCAAUAUGAUAUGAUGAAAUAGCAAUGAAUCCUAAAAUGUUUUGGCCUUUGGUAGGUGUUCAUCAAUAAGAAAUAACGAAAUUAAGAAUCCAAAAUAGUUCUCUUGCA